AUGACUUCUUCCUCUUUAAACAAUAUUACUGCAAUUGCUGGCACAAUUACAGAAAACAACAAUAACACCAUUAAUCAAACUGUCGUUACCACGACAACAACAAGUAAUAUUGGCAUUACCAACAGAGCUGCUAAUGCAUCCAUACUAGCUGCUAAUAAUAAUACAGUCAUAGUAUCUGUCGCUGCUAAUAAUAAUGCACCCAUAGUAGCUGCUAAUAAUACCAUUGGUCCUGCCGUUGAUAAU